GGAAAGCAAGGAUUUAUAUCCGGUAGUGACACUAGAACCUGAAACUAGGAAAGGUGGAUAUUUGCUUUGGUUCUGUGCAAAUUAAUACGACGAUUUAUCCCUGAAUGUAUGUCAGAUAAAUGCGGUAUCGUACUUUCACGGUGAUUAUGACAUUACUUGUAAAACGACGUCGAUAGACAUUGGCUUUGGCUGAUUUAACCUCAGACAUAUGGUUGUAAUCUCGCAGUCUACUUAGUCAGCUAGAUAGCAUAACAUUAACCUACCAACGACAGACUAUAUUGGACGUUUGUGCUUUUCUCUCUACUGUCUUCAACUAAGCACUUUAUCACAAUGAUAUCAGAAGGCAGUUCCUUCAUAAAGGGCAUGGCACUGGGAGCUGUAUUUUGCUUGUUGCUUGCCAUAAUGGGGAGUUUCAGCCCAAUUCAGCCCAGCUCUCCAGAUGCUGAAGAGGAGCACCACCACCACCACGUCAUCGCACCGAGCAACAAGGACAUGCAGCUGCUGAGCGAGGCACACAUGCUGGAACUGAGCCAGAAGGUGCGGGUGUACUGCGCCAUCAUGGUCACGCCCAAGGUCCUGGUUCACUGGGCAGCAGUCAAUGAGACUUGGGCGAAGCAUUGUGACAAGACGGCCUACUACAGCUCAGAAUCCUCCAAAGCCUUAGAGUCGAUUGACCUGCAGGAGCAGGAUGAGUGGGCAAGGAUCCGAAAGGCCCUGAUGCACGCGUACGAGAAUGCUGGGAACCUGCGCUGGUUCUUCAUGGCUCGCCCUACCACAUUUGCCAUCAUCGAGAACCUGAAAUACCUGAUUCUGGAUAAGGACCCCUCUCAGCCAUUCUACCUGGGGCGCUCGCAGAACUCCGGGGAGCUCGAGUACGUGGAAUACGAUAGCGGCAUUGCGUUCAGCUACGAGGCGCUGCGACGGCUCAUGGAGGUGUUGAAGAGCGAUGACCUCUGCCCGGAGCAGAGUCGCAGCCUCUGGAAGGUCAGCGAGGAGAAGCAGCUGGCCAUCUGCCUCAAAAUGCGGCGUGCGCCGCCGAGCGGGGGAGGGCACGGGCGCGUGAGCCUCUUCAACAGCCAGAGCAUUAACGCCCUCAUCACGGAGAGCAUCGCGCAGCACCCCGACAAAGUGCUGGAGAGCUGCUGCUCAGACAUGGCCAUCAGCUUCAGCGGCAUGUCGCCCAGCCAGAUGCAGGUCAUGAUGUACGGCGUCUACAGGCUCCGGCCAUAUGGACAUGACUUCCAUGACUCGAUGAUAUUUCUGCCUCCCAAGGGGUCAGAUAAUGACUGAUUCAUGUUAUUUUAUUUCCAGCCUUGUAAUAGAAAAUAAGACAGGUCCUGUGACAUUAGGCCUGGAUGCUGUAGGGCCAUGAGGGAUUGUUACACAUAUAUGAUGCAGUCAGAUUGCAUAGAAUGUUGCAUCCACAGAGAUCAGCUGCUGUGAUUGUUUGGGGAAUGUAUAAUAUUGUAACAUUUGGAGGUUGAAAAAAAAAAACCUUCAUACCAAAUUAAAGGGACCAAUGUGAGAAUGG